AUGGCCGAUUUAGUAAAACAACUCUUAGCAAAACCGAUCCAACUAGCUGACCAAGUAAGCAAAGCAGCCGAAGAAGGUAGCUCAUCCUUCAAACAAGAAUGCUUAGAACUCAAAUCCAAAACCGAAAAACUCGCUUCACUUCUCCGGCAAGCCGCGAGAUCAAGCUCCGAUUUAUACGAACGACCGACCCGUCGCAUCAUCGGCGACACCGAACAAGUCCUCGAAAAAGCACUCGCGUUAGUCCUCAAAUGCAAAGUCAACGGUCUCAUGAAGCGUGUUUUCAGCAUAGUACCCUCCGCCGCUUUCCGCAAAAUGUCUUCUCAUCUCGAAAAUUCAAUCGGCGAUGUCUCCUGGCUCCUCCGUGUCUCCGCUCCGACUGAGGAAGGUGGAUACGAGUGUCUAGGUCUUCCGCCUAUCGCUUCUAAUGAACCGAUUCUAGGUCUAAUUUGGGAACAGAUUGCGAUUCUUCAUAAUGGUUCUGUUGAUGAUCGAUCUGAUGCUGCUGCUUCUUUGGUUUCGCUUGUUCGCGAUAACGAUAGGAACGGGAAAUUGAUAAUUGAAGAAGGUGGUGUUGGUCCUUUGUUGAAACUUAUUAAAGAAGGUAAAAAGGAAGGGCAAGAAAAUGCUGCUAAAGCUAUUGGGCUUUUGGGCCGAGACGCGGAAAGCGUUGAUGUUAUGAUUCAUGCUGGUGUUUGUUCGGUUUUUGCGAAGAUUCUUAAAGAAGGUCCUAUGAAAGUUCAAGCUGUUGUAGCUUGGGCUGUUUCUGAACUUGUUUCAAAGAAUCCUAAAUGUCAAGAUGUUUUUGCACAGCAUAAUAUUGUUAGGUUACUUGUUAGUCAUAUUGCAUUUGAAACUGUUCAGGAGCAUAGUAAAUACGCUAUUGUUAGUAAUAAGCCGAAUUCGAUUCAUGCUGUUGUGUUGGCUAGUGGUAAUAGUAAUAGUAAUAGUAAUAAUGGUGAUAACUCUGGUUCUAAUGAUGUGAAAAAAGAGACUGAAGAUGAGGUGAAAAUUCGGAUGCAGCAUCCUUUAGGGGAUAGGUCUACAAAUCAGAUGCAUAAAGUGGUGGCAAGUACUAUGGCAAUGCAUGCGGCAAGUGCGAACAACAACAAGAAUCAACAAACCAGUGUAGGAAAUGAAGUGAAUUCGCAGGUGGCUAGUCAUUCAAAUGGGAGUGGGAAUGGUAAUACGAAGCAAAGCUAUUCUUAUUCUGGAAUUAGCAUGAAGGGAAGGGAACUUGAGGAUGCUGAGAGUAAGGCUGAGAUGAAAGCAAUGGCUGCAAAAGCUCUUAUGGUUCUAGCAAAGGAUAACUCGGGGAUUUGUCGUAGCAUAACAGAAUCAAGGGCUUUGUUAUGUUUUGCUAUUCUCCUUGAAAAAGGACCGGAAGAAGUGAAGUACCAUUCUGCCUUGGCAUUGAAAGAGAUUACUGCAGUGGCUGAGAAAGAUCCCGAGUUGAGAAGAAUGGCAUUUAAGCCGAAUUCUCCUGCCUGUAAAGCAGUUGUUGAUCAAGUGAUCGAUAUUAUCGACAAAGAAGAUAAGAGACUUCUGAUUCCUUGUAUUAAGGCAAUUGGAAGUUUGGCUAGGACAUUCAGGGCAACUGAGACAAGGAUAAUUGGGCCGUUGGUUCGACUUCUUGACGAAAGGGAGGCUGAAGUAUCCAAAGAAGCUGCAGACUCACUCACGAAAUUUGCCUGCAUUGACAACUACCUCCACCUUGAUCACUCUAAGGCAAUUAUAAGCUCCGGCGGUGCAAAACACUUGGUUCAGCUUGUGUAUCUCGGGGAGCAGCCGGUUCAAUAUUCAGCCUUGGUUCUGCUAUCCUAUAUCGCAUUGCACGUGCCAGACAGCGAAGAACUUGCUCGGGUUGAGGUUCUUGGAGUUCUUGAAUGGGCAUCCAAGCAACUUAACGUGACUCAAGAUGAAACUGUUGCGAUGUUGUUGCAAGAGUCCAAGAGUAGGCUUGAGCUUUACCAGUCCAGAGGUUCAAGAGGGUUCCAAAAUUUACAUCAAUAG